UGAUGUCACUGUGAUGUUUGCAUACUGAACUGCGAUUGGUUGGCAUCAAACGUCACAUUUCGAGCACUGGCAAAUCCAUUAGUGCUCAAACAACGCAGUUCUGAUCUCCUUAAUAAACUCCUAUGUGGGACAAAACAAUGAUUUCUUCUUUCAUUAGAAGCGCAAAAAACAGAAUGUCAAGCACAAGUUUAACUGGAAUUCCUGUGGGCCGUCUGACUGGUUUAGUGGCUAUUGCCGCUCUCGUCUCUCUGAACCUCUUGUAUUUCUGGACUUCACCUCUGACCAGCUGUCCACCUCGACUACCUCAAUUCAAACAACACUCAGAUGGACACCAUGAAGAGAUGAACAACUCGAUUGCUGAUGAAACAGUGGAGAAACCUGUACUUUUAUUAUGGGUCUGGCCUGAAAAUUACAGAUUUGAUCUUAAGGACUGUAAAACUCUUUACAAUAUUGACGGCUGUCACCUGACGGACGAUAGAGCUCUCUACAGCAGUUCAGACGCUGUGCUUGUUUAUCACCGGGGUAUUAGUUGGGACCUGUCCACCCUUCCACCAUCUCCUCGUCCCCCGUUCCAAAAGUGGAUCUGGCUUCAUUUAGAAUCGCCAACAAACACGCAGAAAAUUCCAGGGAUUGAAAACCUCUUUAAUCUGACUCUCAGUUAUAGAGAGGACGCUGACAUUCCUGUGCGGCUGAGACUGACCAGCAACAAAACUCCAAAUGAGGAUUUUACAAUUCCCAAAAAGGACAAACUGGUCUGUUGGAUCGUAAGUAACAAUUCUGCCCAUACAGGUGUCGGCAAGAGGAACACUUACUACAAUGAACUUAAAAAGUACAUCACUGUGCACAUGUUUGGAAGCGCUUAUGCUGGGAGACUAUCUGAUGAAGACUAUUAUCCCACCAUAGCCAGCUGCAAAUUUUAUCUGUCUUUUGAGAAUUCCAUCCACAAGGACUACAUCACGGAAAAGUUUAACGGACCUCUGUCAGCAGGUACUGUACCUGUGGUGCUGGGACCUCCCAGAAAGAACUAUGAGAGGUUUGCACCGCGUGACGCCUUCAUUCACGUGGACGACUUCCCAGACGCAAAGUCACUGGCAGAAUAUCUGACGCAGCUGGACAGAGAUGAAGAUGCGUAUCGCAGGUACUUUAACUGGAGGAGACAUUUCUCAGCACGACCUCAUUUAAUAUUACAGAAUCAAGAGUUUGUUCUGACGAUUUGCACGGCCUGCGAUCAUGUAGCGAGACACAAGGAAUAUCAAGAAGCUCAUGAUAUCUAUGAAUGGUUUUUUAACUAAAGUUACUGGUAUUUUGGUAUUUCACUGUUACUGGAGGAGAAAAUUACAUGAACUUUAUGAUGAGAUUUUUGUUACAAAUUAACAUGACGUUGUUUUUAGGUACAGGAGCUUCGUUCUGAUGCAUUUUCUAGCUUUGUACUUUUCUAGUCACAUUUAGACAUAUUUGUACUGCUGCACAUGUGAGAUUGUUAACUCCUUUCUUAGCCUGUUUGUCAAUUGUAGCUUUGAAUAAAUGUAAAUGUAUUCAUUGCUCUCUCCUCAGAAAGACAAAUGCAAAAAUCAUGCAAAUGUUUUUCUGUAGGAGGUAAGUCCUUUCUUUCGGUGCUGUUGGUCGUCAGUAACAAUGUAUACACACAACAACCCCGGGAUCAAAUAAAACUGCAGAGAGUUAUUUUUCUCAUUACUGGUGAACGUUUGAUGUUUUAUCUGAAGUUCAACAUGAAUCCAGGCGUAGACAUUUAUGCAGUCAACAGAACCGCACCUGCUGUCUGACACAGAGAGACCCAGAUAGGCAUGGCUGGUUUGUUUAUAUAUCAUGCUUCAUUCACAAUGAAAAUCCAACAGACUUUACAUAACCUUACAGAGAAAUAAGGGACAAUGUUUAAAUAAGGUAAAAACUUAAAUGUAAACAAACAUUUAACUGAAUUUUUUAUAUGCAUCACUUACAGUAAAAAGCCCUAAGUAAACGGGUAUAUUUGUUUAUAGUGGCUUUAGAUAAGCUGUUUAAACUUAUUGGGGAGGUUCUAUACUGAAAGCAUGAUUUCUUGUAAGGUGUGUUUGUAAAAACUACUAAAGUAUUCUUAACUAAGGUCUUGUCUUGGCUUAAAGCAUAAGUCAACCUUCAAAAUGAAAAAUUCUGUCAUUACUUACACGGUUCAAACCUGUAUGACUUUCUUUGUUCGGCAGAACACAAAAGAAGAUAUUUUCAAAAGAAGAACAGAAAACCCUUGGUCCCUAUAGACUUGCAUUGGUUUUGUGUCCAACAGAAGUCAAUGGGGACCAACGAUUUUCUGUUACCAACAUAUUUGGUACAGUGUUCUUAUGUAGCUCAGUUGGUAGAGCAUUGCGCUAACAACGCAAGGUUGUGGGUCCGAUCCCAGGGAACACACACUGAUAAAAAAAAAGACAUGUAUAGACUAAAUGCACUGUAAGUCACUUUGGAUAAAAGCGUCUGCCAAAUGCAUAAAUGUAAAUGUAAAUUUCAAAAGAUCUUCUUUUGUGUUUUGCAGAAGAAAGAAAAUCACACAGGUUUAAAUGACAAAGUUUGUCACUCCGCUUCGCGUCGUGGCCGCAUUACCACCUCGGGGUGUGCAUUAACUUUCGAUAAUUGAAAGGACCGGAGUCAAUUAUUCCUUACAUAUUAUAUUGGGGUGUAAUGAUUUUGAAUUUAAUCAGAUGUCGUAUUUUGUGUACUUUUAUUAUUUCAUACGCACAAUUUAGAAUUGUGGAUUUGAGUGCCAUGAAUGUAUAAUCAGCAUUUUUUGUUGUUUGCCAGCAUAUGACCUUCCACAUAUAGUGCUGGCGUGCUGCGUGAGGUCAGGCUGAAUCAGCUUUUAAAUAAACAAAAUGACUUCCUACAUCUUUGAAUAGCAAAGAACUGGCAUUAUUUGAUGACCUUUUUUUGCUCAUUUGUCUCGCUAGCCAGAAGCACCAACUGAGGAUACUCAGAGAUCAAACAUUUUAGGGAUAAAUGCAGGUGAACUCAUUUUAGAACAGGUGUUGAACUUAUGAACUCCUCACCACUAAGGGUUCAUUCAGCUGUGAGUCACAGACUGCUAGCCCAAAGAAAAGCUCUGCCUCUAACAUCAGAAAAAAAUGCAGCGUUUUCGUUGUUUAAAAAACCUCUCUGCUCUGUUGAUAAUUCUGAGAACUGAGCGUUGUUAUGUGUGUGGAUUGUAAUUCUACCCAUUUCAUGACCUGUACACGUGCAAAUACACAAAGUGCAUGUUUUGCAUACAAACAAAGUUUUUUCUUUAGUUUUUAAUUUUUUUAUAAAACAACUAAAACAAACUAGACACUUUAAACCCCUACUGAUGAGGGAAAUAUAACACACACAAUCAAACACAGUACGUUCUG